ACUGCGCGUUCACUACACGCGGCGGUCAGCAGGACACGGAAUUCAGCAGCAGGAGAAGCCAUGAAGCCCAACACCGUGACCCGCGCUUGGCGACAAGUGACCGGAUGCUGCAUCGAGAGCACGCUAGCUCGCCAGGCGCUUGCCGAGAUGGUGGGCACUCUUGUGCUCACCCUGGUCGGCGACUGCGUGCUCGCCUCUCUCGCCGUCUUCCAGCUGGGCUCCGUGGGCCUCGCUGCCGCACCCCUGGGCUGGGGUCUCGCUGUCUUCCUGGGCGUGCUGGUUGCAGGAGGAGUGUCCGGUGCCCAUCUGAACCCGGCCGUCACGGUCGCCUUGGCCACCAUCGGAAAGCUUGGCUGGUGCAACGUGCUCGCGUACGUCACCGCACAGUACCUCGGUGCUUUCCUGGCCUCCGGUCUCGUUUACCUGGUGUACGCCGACGCACUUUCCCAGGUGGACGUAAACCUCACUAUUGUGUACGGCACCAACGCCACGGCUCCAGUGUUCUCCUGCUUUCCUGCUCCCGGUGUGUCAACGCUUACGUGCCUCCUGGAUCAAACUGUCAGCACUGCAGUGCUGCUACUCGGCAUCUGUGCAAUCACCGAUGGUCGCAACAUGGCGGUGUCCCGCGGCCAGCAGCCUCUCCUCGUCGGCCUCACGGUCUCCGCCUGCAUGUACGCCUUCUCGUAUAACUGCGGCAAUCCACUGAACCCUGCUCGUGACCUUGCCCCGAGGAUCUUCACGGCCAUGUGUGGCUGGGGCUCCGCAGUGUUUUCCUUCCGCUCGUACAAUUGGUUUUGGGUGCCGGUGGUCGGCCCGCACCUUGGCGCAGUUAUCGGAGUUUGGAUCUACAAACUAGCCGUCGACAACCACUGGAAGGACGAGGAUGAAGUAGAUGAGGAUGAGAAAAGACCACUACUCUCAAAUGCGAAGAUCUGCGCCUGAGGCCUACCAGCUCAUGCCACGGAUUGUGUAUGCGUAGCCUGUGUGUAUAUGUAUAUAUAUACACACGUAACUUAACCUUUUUGCGUUUUAGCCAUAUUUCCUUAUACAUCUAAUAAAUGUUGUGUUUUUUAUGCA